CAAAUCUCAUAAUCAACAUUUCAACCAUUUCCUAAUCAAAUAUAAAAUAUUAGAACUACAUAGAAAGAUGAAGUUCACUGCAUUAGUCUUCAUCGCAUUUGUUCUCUUCUCUCUGGCUCCGACCAAAUCAGAGGCGGCCUGCGACGUCAAAGAUGUUAGAGUAUGCUUACCAGCGGUUACAGGAGGAACUCCACCGUCGACGGAGUGUUGCACAACAUUGAAAGCUCAUCAGUCAUGUUUUUGUGAAUACUUGAAAGAUCCAUUGGUUGUUCCAUAUAAGACUUCUGUUAAACAAGUUUUAGAAGCUUGUGGUAUACCUGUUCCUGUUUGUGGAAGUUUCAAAUAAUUUAUAAAAUCAUUCUUAAUGUUAUCAUUAUCAAAAAUCAUAUGUAAUGAUGUCAAAUUAUUUCAAAUGAAAGUGAUAAUAAUUCAAAAUUAUAUAAAA